CGCGCCGCGCCGGGGCAGCGUCGCCAGGGGCAGGACCUCCGUGCCCCCUGCAGGGUUUGAACUGCCCCGAGCAACGCGCCCGCAGCGGCGUGAAGCUUUAGAAAAUUUUAAACGCGUCAGUGGCGGAGGCAGGAGUGGGGCGGAGCCGCGGCCUGGCGGCCGGGAGAUGAGCUUGGAGAGAGACUUGGAGCCCAGAAGAAAUCUGUUGCUCAGUUUUCACGUCCUCAAACCAGAAUUUGUUCCUGGUGAAGGGUGGCGCCUGGUUCCCAGACCCCGUGAGGUUUGAGGAUUCCAGAAGGUGAAGUUCUCUGUCUCUAAGGAGAAACGGUACCUGCUCCUUCAACAAGAGCGAGCUCUCUAUUGCUAUGGAUACCGAAUCCACGUAUUCUGGAUAUUCUUACUAUUCGAGUCAUUCGAAAAAAUCUCACAGACAAGGGGAGAGAAAUAGAGAGAGACAUAAAUCCCCCCGGAAUAAAGAUGGCAGAGGGUCAGAAAAAUCUGUCACCAUUCAGGCUCCCCCUGGAGAGCCCCUGUUGGCCAAUGACUCUGCCCAGACGGAGGAAGUUCAGGAUGACAACUGGGGAGAGACCACCACGGCCAUCACGGGCACCUCGGAGCACAGUAUCUCUCAGGAGGACAUCGCCAGGAUCAGCAAGGACAUGGAGGACAGUGUGGGGCUGGACUGCAAGCGCUACCUGGGCCUCACCGUCGCCUCGGUGCUCGGACUUCUAGUUUUCCUCACCCCCAUCGCCUUCAUCCUGUUACCCCCCAUCCUGUGGAGGGAGGAGCUGGAGCCUUGCGGCACCAUCUGUGAGGGACUCUUUAUUUCCGUGGCGUUCAAACUCCUCAUUCUGCUCAUCGGGACCUGGGCGCUGUUUUUCCGCAAGCAGAGAGCCGAUGUGCCACGGGUGUUUGUCUUCCGUGCCCUUUUGUUGGUCCUCAUCUUUCUCUUUGUGGUCUCCUAUUGGCUUUUUUACGGGGUCCGCAUUUUGGACUCCCGGGACCGAAACUACCAGGGCAUUGUGCAAUACGCCGUCUCCCUCGUGGACGCCCUGCUCUUCAUCCAUUACCUGGCCAUCGUCCUGCUGGAGCUCAGACAGCUGCAGCCCACCUUCACGCUGCACGUGGUCCGCUCCACUGACGGCGAGUCCCGGUUCUACAGCUUGGGGCACCUCAGCAUCCAGCGAGCAGCAUUGGUGGUUCUGGAAAAUUACUAUAAAGAUUUCACCAUCUAUAACCCCAACCUCCUAACAGCCUCCAAGUUCCGAGCAGCCAAGCACAUGGCGGGGCUGAAAGUCUACAAUGUAGACGGCCCCAGUAACAACGCCACUGGCCAGUCCCGGGCCAUGAUCGCCGCAGCCGCUCGGCGCAGGGACUCCAGCCACAACGAGCUGUAUUACGAAGAGGCGGACCACGAACGGCGGGUGAAGAAGCGGAGAGCGAGGCUGGUGGUUGCGGUGGAGGAGGCCUUCAUCCACAUCCAGCGUCUCCAGGCCGAGGAGCAGCAGAAGGCCCCGGGGGAGGUGAUGGACCCCCGGGAGGCCGCCCAGGCCAUCUUCCCCUCCAUGGCCCGCGCUCUGCAGAAGUACCUGCGCACCACGCGGCAGCAGCAGUACCACAGCAUGGAGAGCAUCCUGCAGCACCUGGCCUUCUGCGUCACCAACAGCAUGACCCCAAAGGCCUUCCUGGAGCGGUACCUCAGCGCGGGCCCCACCCUGCAGUAUGACAAGGAGCGCUGGCUCUCCACGCAGUGGAGGCUCCUUAGUGAAGAGGCUGUCACGAAGGGGCUACAGGAUGGCAUCGUUUUCGUGCUCAAGUGCUUGGACUUCAGCCUCGUCGUCAGUGUGAAGAAGAUUCCAUUCAUCGUGCUCUCGGAAGAAUUCGUAGACCCCAAAUCUCACAAAUUUGUCCUCCGCUUACAGUCUGAGACGUCAGUUUAAAAGUUCUAUAUUUGUGGCUUUAUUAAAGAAGAAGGAUAUAUGGAGAGAGAUAUAUAUGUACCAGAGGAGCAUCUUUUUUUUUUUUUAAUUGUUCUUCAUUGCUGACCGAGACUGGCAGAUGACAGACCAGUGUCCUUUGACCAUCUGCACUUUAUUUGGAAGGAAGCAGGGGAUGUCCGCCCUGGAAGAAGGUGACUGAGGACAUCAGACUCUUGUGGAUGGGACUUCUCGAGAAGGCGUCCCCUGGCGUUCCUGUGACAGCUGUAACCAAAGCGGAGCUGACGGUCCUUGGGAGCCUGGCCUUCCCACGUGACCUUCGCCUUUCAUCCGGCACCACAGCCGCCCGUUGCUUCCGGUCGACCCACUCGUAGGCCUCUGAGGGGACACAUCUUUAUCCUGGUUCAGGAAACCAGAUGCGACACGUCCACAUACGUGCUUGUAUGUGUAAUGUCCGGUUCCUCGUCUCCCAUGGGCGCCGCGGGCCGCUUGGGAGUUGUGGCCUCAUCUUUGUUGCCUUAGGUUCCGCAGAGAAAAAUCACAACAAAAAAAUGUGCACUAUCCGUGGACGGCUCUUAAUUUGAUUCUGUUUUUUUUCCCCCAAAGAGAAAACCUGCCUGCCCUAUUUCUGACCCUGAUUCUCUACCGGCCAGAACAGGUAGCCCUUUGCUAACCCUGUGAUUGGCACCUGUCUCCACCCAUCCCGCCGUCCCCAGCGCACGCACACACGCACGCACACACGCACGCACACGGCCCCCACCUGGCUGGCAGGCCUGGCCAGGGAAGCCCAGCCCUCGGACCUGGCUCUGCACACGUGCCCUUGGGCUGUGCGCCCAGCCUCAGGUCAUCCCACGGAUUGUUUGCAUAGGGAAGUGUGGAGCGCCCACCAGGUGGGUCACAAGCGGGGCAAGCCAGCUCAAAUGUCCCUUUUAGGCCUGGCGGGAGCCCCUCCCUGGAGGCCCCCCUCCCCACUGCUCCCCACCAACCAGGGGGGAGACUGACAGACACUGAGGCUCUGUCACCGGCAGAUUCAGCUUGGAGCCUCUAAUUACCCAGGGUGAUGAGUUCUCUCGCAGCUCCCAGCAAGCUGCCUGCCGCAGGAGGCCAAGCAGUGCCCACUGCAGGGCCAGCUGGUGCCGUCCGGGCCCUGGGUUCAGACCACCGUCACUGUGCAACUCAUCACCUCUGCCACUACCAGGGAAGGGCUCGCUCAGCCCCUGGUGUCAAAAGUACUUGUAGAGUUUGGCAAAGUGAGGAGAAGAGUAGGGAACCAGUCCUAGGGUCCAGAAUGACGCGUCUGCGACCUGUUUCUUAAAGGCGGCUGGUUCCGGUGGGCUUUCCUCCGGCCUCCAGUGGGUGGGGAGCCAUCCUGGUGGAGCCCCGUGCGUGCGAGUUCCCCGAGGAGCCACGCCUGACACCGUGGGGCCCGUCCCCUGUGCCUCUGUUUGCCGUCCUAUGUCAAAGUGUUCACUCUUGGUUUUCCCCGGUGGUUAGGGUACCGUUCGUUGCUUCAGUAAAGGAUGACACCGUCAGAUGUUCGUCGUGUAUGUGUUUCCCACACACCUUUACCAGUUUCUGCAUUCCACAGGUGGCGUAGGAUCCGUAUGUCAUUUUUUAAAUCAAAAUUGGCUUUGGAUAUUUGCAGUACAACCGUACCCGAAAAAGUAAACAGUGUUCUUGAAUCAACAGCCUUCAGGUCAAAAGGGAAAUUUGCUGGGAAAGAAAGAAGGAGAAACCGGUUCGUCUGGCGUGGAGCCAAGAUGUAUUAUUUAACUACGUGGUUCCGUUGAUGAAAAACACACCAUGUAACCACGGUGCUUUUGCUCCUUUUAGAUUUUGCCUAGAGAUCCCUUCACACUAGACACUCCGUGGGAUGAUGUCUUUCUCAGGAAAUAUAUUUUGGGAGUUAGGGCAAGGGACAGUGAACGUGUCUGAGACUUUGGCCGCGUAAGGGUUAUGAUGUCCCAGACUAAAUGUGUCAGAGGCUGUUGUGUCAGCGACACGGCAGUGGAGGUGCCAUAAACGUCUGUUCCCAUAGUUCAUAAUGACACGAUUUGUCAGCAUUCUAAAAUCCCGUGCUGCCAACCCUGUCUUAAGUCCAUCAGGGGUAAGUCGGAUUGGACGCUUUGGUGGGUACACCCCCAGCAGCGUGGAGAAGGAUUUAAAUUAAGGAAUGUACUUUUUCUCCCCCGCUUUCUCCCCCUCCCAGUCUUGGCAUAGAAGCAUGUCAGGCUUUCUGAAAUGAUCGUUUCUGUUUUAAAUUGAAUAUUGAUCUUUUUUUUUUUUUUUUACACCGACUUCGUGUUGAGUCCUUUUUGAAAGAACGCUAAAAUAAAAUGCAGGAUCUUCGUAUAAAGGCUUUGCAUGUUCAAACUCUUCAUAGCUCGAGUUACUGGUGCAGUGGGAACAGUGUAAAUGGCAUUAAAAUAUGUAAGGUUUCUGAAAGCUGCAUCCCGUGAUGGAACAUAAUGCAUUUUUUAUUUCAGUUCCUGGAACCAAAAGGCUAUUCUUUUUAAAGGGUGCUAACUGCCCUGGGGCUGGGAGAACAUGCACACUCGUAUUAGAGGAGACAGGAUUUCAUUUGCCUUAAAUGUUUAUAGAUUUUCUAUAACUUUCAACGUAAGUUAUUAGAAAGUGAAUGUUUGAGAGUGGAAGACCUUACCGAGGCGUGCACGCCUGAGAUCGCCGUCUUCCCGGGGCGGCGUUUUAGCCGGUGUAUAAUAACUUUCAUCCCUAAGUGCGUCCUUCCGAAGGUGGCGAGCAUUUGUAAUCAUCUGUGAGCCGGAUGUCAAAGUCUGCUUCUCAGAGAUGGGCGGGAUGUGAAGGUGCUGUAGUUCGUCCAUCCUUUGCAUUAUCAGUGAAGUCGAAACACGGAACGCCUUUGCUGAAUUUCACGGUGAACCCUAGAGGAAACGUUUUGCUUGAGCCGGGUUUUGCCCAACUAUCAUCCUCUCCCCUCUCCCUCUUUGUCCGUUCUUAUCCAGUCUACGGACAGGACAGAUUUUGUUCAGCAAAUUUUAAGAGGUAGGCGGCGUGCGUGCGUGCGUGUGUGCGCGUGUGCGUGCGUGCGUGCGUGCGUGUGUGAUGCAGUAGCUCAUUGUCCGGGGGGAGGUUGUGCUGGUGUGUGUUGGGAUGAGGCGCCCGCCCUCCCUUCUCUCCACCGUAAUGGGUGAUCGUCGAGCUCUCAUUCUUGCGUCUCAUCUUCACUCUUGAAUGCAUGCGUCUGAAUAAAGCUGUAGCUCUGUGACAGCCACGAGCCUGUUGGGCUGACAGAAAUCGGUUACCCUGCCCCCCACCCCCACCCCUCCUUACCCUCUGCCCCUGGGAGAAUGAGUAGCCACUCAGUGAAACCAAUAAAAUCAGGGCCUUGGUUUGCUCUCUUCUAUCUGGGCCUAAACAGGGAUGCACACUUGCUUGCAGUUAUGCAUUUCUAUAUAUGUGAGCAUUUCUCUGAGUGUGCAUUACCAGAUGGAAGGCAUGUUUAUACGUUAGACAUCUGAACAUCUGUGUUAUCUGUAGCAGAUGGGUGUGUAUCUCUGUAGAUAACUUGUGUUUAUGUGGAUGAGUGUUUGAGGGUGUCUGUGUUUCUGCGUAUGCCAUAUGUUUGAGAGAUUUCCUGGUCCCACCCAUCUUUUGGGAGGUUACCCUAAAGCCAGUAAUGUCUCCCACCUGUCUUUUAUUCCCUUUGCUCGGUUACACUGGCUUCUCCCCAGGGGUAAAUGGCUUUAGCACAGAAAUGUCUUCUGGAGAGCCUGCUGUGCCGCAGGCAAGUCCAUUAGACUCUUGUCUCAGGACACUAACCUGCAAACGACAAGCGACAGAAAGAAAGGUCAAAUUCUACGGCAAUUACUGCUCCGACUUCACUACCCUGGAAGCCUUACCACAUGUUUCCCAACGUAACUUAAAAGUUGAACUUCAUUUAAAAAAAAAAAAAAAAGAGAUGGAUUACUGGAAGUUAGCGCAGACAUGUUAACACGACAUUUAAACAGUCCCACAGCAGAUACCCUGAGAUUGUAAAGUGAUGCUGAGUGUUUCUGGGUAGACUUUGUGCUUUCUGGAUCUUGUUACAAUAAAAAUAAAUCACUACUGUGAAUUUACUACUAUGUAACCUUGUGGUCAUAUUCCAUUAUAAAUAAAAUACGAAUUGUUUUUAAGCCCAUAGCACAGUUCUUGCAUGGUGUUCAGUGCAGUAGUGAAUUGAGCUAGUUAGACCCUACACAGAAAUCACUAUUGGGCUCAACCAAAGGAUGCUCAGAAAAUUGAGAUUUCAGAUCACGUUUUUGACAAGAUAUAUUUUAGUCGAAGAAGGAGGAAGGGUCCUAACACACGUUGGUCGGGCGUUGUGUGUCACGUACUAUUCUAGAUGGCUUUGCUAUCCUCACAUGCCCUUACGGUAGGGGUUCCCUCAAGUGUAUAGAUGAGAAAAAAACAUGCUCAGAGAGGAGGGGACUUGCCCAAGGUCUCAUGGUUAGUAAAUGGAAUUUCAUAUCUAAUGUUCGUUCCAAUCCCUCAGUCCCUGUGCAGUCUAAGGUAAGAUCUAAGCAACGUUUUUGGAUGUAGAGGAAGGACCUGAGGGUGCUUAACCUUGAAUCAGAACCUGGGAUGGGAGGUUCGUUGGAUGUGGAAUCGCUUCUGCUCUUUCACUUGGGGUUCGCCCCAUAGCUGUGGCCCCACAGGAAGCUUCUUCACAAGCUGACGGAUUUCUUAGGCGUUUCAAAGAAAAGAACUUGAGAGUCCCCUUUCCCCCAGAAAAACCAGCCCUGCCGGUCUCACCUUCUGCGAGACCCUGGUGCUGUGGCUCCACAGCCACCCCUCGCUUUUGCCCCUCCCAGCCUCCACCUCACCCUGCUGGCUGGGGCAGCUUCGCCUCGGUCACUGGGUGGUGUGCAGGGCCUGCCGGCCUCCUCCUGAGCUGAAGAAGCCUCUCCUGGCGGUAUGCCAACAUCAGGUCACUGGUUGGGGCAAGAGGGACAGCCUGCACACCCAGCCUGGGGGGCGUUUGGAACUGGAGUCCUUGGCCUCGCUCCCUACUGCGAUGUCAUCAGCAAGCUCUUCCACGGCUCCCUCGCAGUUUCCCCCAAGAGUUUUAAAGAGCAGACAUAAACUAGGACUCUUGAAAACACUGUUUUUCUCUAGUCCCGAGUCUUUAAGUUUUGGUUCGGUUGCUCAUAUACUGCCUUUUCCUCUCCUGCUGUGUGCUUUCAAUAGAAGACGGGGCCGGGAAGAUGGUGCUUGCACCUCUCAGCACUGCGACUCAAUAGGAAUUAGGACAUGUUUCAAAGGGUAGAUGAGAAAUCUAAAACUACUGAAUAAAAUUAGAUUUUAGGACUCCGUGAGUCCCUUUUACCAGGCCUCAGUCCCAUUUCUACUUAAAUAACCCCAAUUAUUUUGUUUUACCUGUAAAAUAAAUCUCUUAAUGGGUUGUUUUAGGGUGUCCCCAAAACAACAACAGAUUUCUAACGCCGGAAGCAGCACAGAGAAACGUUACUUACAUAUGGUGCUAAGAGUCUACAAUUUAUACGUCUCUCUCAGCUUGAAAACAUGUUUUGUUCUUGUCUUUGUAGAAUAAAAACACUCUUAAGCCUUAUGGACAAGUGUAAGACUUCUAUCUUGAAUGUCUUUGGUAUUUCUUUUGGCACUGAAAUAAUAUUUGGAUAAAAAUAUUUGAAUGUACCGUUGUCUGGAUGCGCAUGUGCUUAUGCUGAGCUGAGCGCUCCCACGUGGAUGUGAGGCUUCAUUCCAAAGCAGCUCAUCAUUUAGGAGGUUUUAAACCCCGCAAUGUCCAAAGCCUAGAGAAGUUUCAUCUCUGAGGAUCAGAGACUGUUGCUCGGGGAAUUACUGAGGGGACCCGGGCAUCUGAUCUGCACUCAUGUAGUGUAGAAUUCAGACAGCUACAUAGCAUUACCAUUCCCGGGACCAGGUUAUAGAAAUAAUAGCACUCCUGAGUUAUAGAAAUCAUGGAAUAGUCACUUGAUGUUGAUCAUCACUCUGAUUUUUUUUUUUUUAAGUGAAUGUAAGCAAAUCCAAACUUCAGUGAUAAUUCCUUAUUUUUUAUAAUAGUGUCACCGUAGGCUUUAAUUAAAUAGCAGACUCUUCUGGGACCCCGAAAUUGUGACAUAAUUAACCACAUUUGACUUUCAAGCAGUCGUUUGUGAGUACAAGUAUUCUAUAGGCCAUCCAGCCAGGAGAAGGGCGGGUAGUGAAUGUAACUCGCUUCAUGGGUGACCACUUAACGAGGAUGCUGGCGAGAGAGCCAGACAGGCCUGGGCCCGGUCCCGUUCAGAGAAGUUUACUUGACGAUCACUUUUGUGUUGAAAUAGAUGUACGUUUUUGAAUUUAGAAUCUGGUAUCAACCCAGAAAGUUCAGUGGCAAAACCAUCUCUGUCUAACGAAGCCACCCCGUUUAUGCAACGACGUGGCCUGGCGUCUUCUGCGUUCUCGCUUAUUAGUUAAUACAGUACUUUGUAAACGGGGGGGCCAGUUUUGCUAACCACCCUCUACGCAGGAUCACUAUAUGUGUAUGACAAAGUCUGAGUGUGAUUUCCUGCACCAACUAGGUGGUGGCCUCUGCUGAGACAUUGCAGACAGGUAAAUGAAUGAAUGAUGCUACCAGCAACCAUCUGCCCGGGGAGGCUCACAUGCAUUCACAAGGUUAUACUGUGAAACCUCCUCACGUCUGUGACCCCAGUAACAAUGUUAGUGUCUCUGGGAGACAGAGUGUACCUGGCAUCCAAGUCAUUUUGUUCCCUUUUGGGUCCCCUAUCCCAAUGAACUGCAAAACAUUUUACAUUUUUUACUACUGUAAAACUUGGAAAAUAAACGGAAAUCCUAAAUUGUA